AUGUCUUCAGGCUUCACUUUGACAAACAAUUUUCCUUCUUGGAGAGAAAUAGUCAAUGCGGACCCUUCUUGGAGAGACAGAGUCGAAGCAGACGAAGUAGCCGCUUCUUCUCGGAGUAGCAGUGUCGAAACAGACGAAGUAGCCGCUACUGGUACAAACCUCGCCGCUCACCUUUCUCUCUUGUCGUUGGAUGACAGCACAGAAGAUGCGGAAGAGCUCGCCGGAACGCCCAUCUUUACCCAGGCUGUUUACGAACACGCAUCUUCUUUGAAUACAACAACGAGCAAGCCGUUUGCUCAAUAUGGACUGCUUGCUGGCAUCAUUGAAGAUACAUCUGCAGAUCGCAAGACUCCAACGUCUGCUGCAAACGACCCUAGAUUGUUUUUCAACACAUCGACUCCAUCAAGCGUCUUCAUAUGCGGCAGCCAAGGCUCCGGCAAGAGCCAUACCCUUAGCUGUUUGCUUGAAAAUUGCCUGACACGCUCAAAGGCGAAUGUUCUGCCCCAUCCGCUGACCGGCAUUGUAUUUCACUACGACCCUUGGGUGUCGGCUUCGGGAGGCUCCCCUUGCGAGGCAGCCUAUCUAGCCUCAGCUGAGGAUAUCUCGGUGAGAGUUCUUUGCGCGCCUACGAAUAUCAGGGACAUCAAGAGCAUUUAUUCCAAGUUGCCCAACGUCUCUGUGGAAGAGCUCCGGAUCAACCAAUCCGAUCUUAACACAAAGAGAAUGAUGGACCUGAUGGCCGUGAGUUCUAUACAAGGGGGCAUGCCCUUGUAUUUACAUGUCGCGCAGCGUAUUUUGCGGGAACUGCGCACCGAAGAGCAAAGUAACGGGACGACUUUCAACUACCGUGAAUUCAAGCGGCGGCUCAUGGAUGAAACCCUGGCUGUUGGUCAACUUCAACCGCUCACACAGAGACUGGAGACCUUAGAAAGCUUCAUGGUGAAGGAGCAGGUUGUCAGUAUUGGCAAGAAGAAGGCCCUGCAAAGCCAGGGUAAAGGAAAUAAUUGGGAGUCCAAGGCCGGCCAGCUAACGAUUGUGGAUCUCUCGUGCCCUUGCCACAAAUCAAAUGUUGGUCUUGUUGUUGCUCUUGACGAGGCCCACAAAUACAUGACCGACACCGUUGAGAGCGAGCUGUUGACUGCUCGACUCCUUGAAAAUAUCCGUGUGCAGCGUCAUGUGGGCAUACGAGUCAUCAUCUCAACUCAGGAGCCGACAAUUUCUCCCAAGUUGCUUGACCUCUGCUCUGUAACCAUCGUUCACAAGUUUACAUCUCCAGAUUGGAUGAAGAGUUUGAGACAACAUCUGGCUGGCGCAUCUAUCGCACCCGUGGCUACAGAUGAAGUGAUCGAGAACGGCGAUGGUAAGAUUACAAAUCUCCGUCCCAGUUCCAAAGAACUUGCAACGGAGUUGUUUCACAAGAUUGUUGCCCUGCGCCGCGGAGAGGCUCUCUUGUUCUGUCCAUCCGCCAUAAUUGGAUUGCGAACGGCGCCUAUUAAAUUAGAAAAUCAUUCUUCGCUCAUAAAGUUGUCCCAUGGACAUCUGAAGAUUCAAGUCCGGAAGAGAAUCACUGAGGACGGAGGACGAAGCAUUCUUGCAGUAUAA